AUGACAACGGCCAUUUCGUCCUGCAGCUCAACACGCACCGCGCGAGCUGCUGUACAGCCAUGGCUUUGUUAUCGACAGCGCUGGAAUGAGCCCACCUCUUCGUUGUGCCACACACGUCGGCCACCACCGGCCCGAACAAUCUCAAAACAAAUUGACGGAUCAAUAAGCCGAGCAUCGAAUCUGGCGCUGGUCUUUCUGCUCUGUCUGCUAGCCUUCUGUCAAGGCGCGAAGGCCGAUGUGCUGUAUGGCUUUGGGGAUAUAUCGCCACCGGAGCUGUUGUUCGACCGAAGUGAGCCACCACCUCUUCCACGAAUGCUGCUAGAACCGAGGCAAGAUGACUCCCUGUCGAGUCUGCCUUCUACCACCACACGACCGACAGGAUCAUCGACUCCCACUACCCCCGGAUCUGGCAUACAGACGGCAAGCGAGACUGCAUCAUUCGACCUUCCGAGACCAUUCGAUACCAGCAUUGGGAACAACUUCACAACGACAACAUGUCCGACGUUCUUUCAGAACUUCCUAAGCAAUCAGACUCUUCGUGAUUGCUUGCCAUUUUCCUUACUUUUGCAGACUUCCAACAGCUUCUUCACAGCUUCACGCUCACCUCUGCGGCUCGCUCAGACGUUGAACGCAACAUGCAGUGUCGACUUCAACACCUGCUCUACCCUCAUGUCGCAAUACGCCCAGCAGAUCCAACAAAACUCCCAUUGUGGCGCGGACCUCGAAAUGCAGAACCCGAUGGUCACCCAAGCCUACAAUGGCUUCGUGUCGUACCCGACCCUGUACCACGCUGGCUGCCUCACCGACACAGACGGCAACUACUGCUUCAGCAACGCCGUCACCAACACAUCUUCCCCGAGUAGUAGCUACAUCUACUACCUCCCGCUGGGAGUGAAGCUUCCUGGCGGAGCACGACCGGCUUGCAACACUUGUCUUCAGAACACCAUGGCAAUCUUCGCUGAGACUGCCGGCAAUGCUAGCCAGCCGCUCAGCCAAGACUACGGUACUGCUGCCGAACAAGUCCAGAUGAUUUGUGGUCCGCAGUUCGUGGACUCAUCCAUUAUGACGUCUGCGGCGACUACCUCUCUACCUCCUCACACCCCAUCCAUGGGCCUCGCUGGUGUUGCCAUAUCCUUAGCCCUACUCUGGAAUCUGUUAUGA